AUGGGCUUCUUGGCUCCAACGUACACUGCUGUGGCGCAACGGCAACUUGCCGGUGCGGCCACCGGCUCCGCAGCAGCAAAGCAGGAGAUCCGUCAAAUCCCAGGAGAUGACAAGGCACGGGGGGCGGACCAGGUCUCGACCGGUCCGGCAGAAGGCACGAGCAGAUUGCUCCUCACUGCGACGAUUAAACGGAGGUAUACAAUUUCGAUGUGUGUCAAAGGGUAUCGCGUAAAAGAAGGAGAGUGGAAAGACGAGGUUGGCCAAGUGUAA